AUGUAUAAACUAAAUACACUCUUCUUUCUCGUCCUCACUGGGCUAGACUUAGUGGGUGGUUUGAAGAGAAAAGGUCCACGUAUGUAAAGUCCUUUUAAUAUUGCACCUCUCCCCAAUAGUCUCAAUUUUGUAUCCUCAUUUUUACCAUGUUAUAGGUACUCCAUUACCGGCUGAGAACUGGGCUGCCGCAUCCGAGAAAGCAAAGGCUUUUGUAUCACAACUCGAUGUCACCGAAAAGGCAAGUAUGGUGACGGGUUCCCCAGGAGCCUGUAUUGGAAACAUAGCGCCUAUGCCACGGCUCAACUUUUCGGGAAUCUGCUUCACCGAUGGCCCCCAUGCAGUCAGUCGAAUGGAGAUUGUCAGCGUUUUCCCUGCUUCACUUACAAUGGCUGCCACAUGGGAUAAAGAUCUUCUCUACGAGCGUGGAUACGCCCUUGGUGAGGAAUUUCGGGAAAAGGGUUCUCAUGUUGGUCUUGGGUAGGUGUUUUCUUUCGCUUAUAGUAUUUUUGCUCUUCAAGACCUGUAACUAAAUGGACUAAUAGGCCUUCUGCGGGGCCUUUGGGACGCCAUCCUCUUGGGGGAAGAAAUUGGGAGGGGUUUUCUCCUGAUCCAUACCUAUCCGGUGUAGCUAUGCGAGAGACCAUCCUCGGAACGCAAGAUGCUGGCACUCAAACCACAUCCAGGCACAUCAUUGGUAAUGAACAAGAAACACAAAGGACGAACAGUUUUCUUGAGGAUGGAAUAGAGGUACAUGCUCUCUCUUCCAACAUCGAUGAUCGUACUAUGCACGAGCUUUACAUGUGGCCAUUUGCUGAUGCCGUCAAAGCUGGCACAACUUCUGUUAUGUGUGCCUUUAAUCGUGUGAACCAGACAUACUCCUGCGAGGAUGAUCAACUCCUUAACCAUAUUCUCAAGAAGGAACUUGGCUUUGAAGGAUAUUUCUUCUCUGAUGUAGGCAAUACAAUUUAGCCAUACCAUGGUUGCAACUGUUUAGAGUGAAACUAAUAGAUCUCGUCUCGUAGUGGUUUGCUACUCAUUCCGGAGCUAAAUCCAUCAACGCAGGUUUGGACUUGACCAUGCCUGGUUAUCUGAGCUUGCAGGAACCAGAAAAAUCUUAUUUCGGGGCUAAUAUCACCAAUAACCUCGAAAAGCGGUAACAUCACUAUGUCUCGUUUGGACGACAUGAUCCAGAGGAUAAUGACACCUUACUACCUUCUCAACCAGGAUCACAGCGAUUAUCCUUCACUCGACCCAUCCGCUAUAUGUAUUCUCGGUGCAAGUCUUACUGGCGAAAUCAGUUGCAGCAUCGCCGCUCGUGAUGUUCGUGGAAAUCACUCUUCGCUUAUUCGUAGGAUGGGUUCGGAUGGGACAGUCCUUUUGAAGAAUGUGAAUAAUGCCCUUCCACUCAAAUCACCGAAGUCGAUCGCUGCCUUUGGAAAUGAUGCCGGCGAUCUCAUGAGUGGACUCACAUAA